GUCCGUUAAAAGGAAACACGAAAGAGGGAAAAGAGCGAUCCUCAAUUUCCGCGAACCGGCAGAAUGGGAAGAAAUUUAGUCCCUCAGUGGCGUCUACUACGUCGAGUUCUCCACGACGGCCGACUCCGAACUCCAUUUUAUCGCAACUAUUCUACCUUCAGUCGCUCUGGAACAAAUCUUGGAAGCUCGUCAUCACCGUCGUCUUCGUUGUCCAAGUUCCUCUUCAGCUCCUCCAGUUCCUCCCUUCGCCACGCGCCGGACUUUUUUUUCCCAAGUGUGCCUUUCCAUCACUGUCGAUCUCUAUGCUCAGCGUCAGAUCCUUCGAACAUUAUCUUGAUAAAGUCUGAAAAUCUAUUAAAGGAGUCACUAAGCAAAGCACGAGAGGAAGCUUUGCCGGCAAUUUUCUACUUCACAGCUGCCUGGUGUGGCCCUUGCAGAUUAUUAGCUCCCGUGAUCAAAGAAUUGAGUAAGAACUAUCCUGAGGUGACAACAUAUAAAAUUGACAUUGAUCAGGAAGGCCUCGAAAGGACUUUGAAUGACUUAAAUAUUACCUCUGUGCCAACACUUUAUUUCUUUCAGGAUGGCAAAGAGGCUGGGCAAAUUGUCGGUGCUGAUGUUGCAGGCAUAAAAAAUAUGAUGGAGAAGAUUUACAAAAAAUGACCUAACGUGUUUUGCUUUAUCCCAUUUUCAAAGCAGGUCUGUUCUUUCAUGCGAUGAUGAGAAUCCUUUUACCGAAAGUAUUUAACGAGAGAAUUGAUAGAGAGUUUUUGUGGAGUUUGAAGAUUUGCAAUUCGAUAGUGUUGAGACGUUGUUGAAUCCCAUUUUGGAAAAACCAAGGGGACUCACACCCCUUAUAAGGUAGAUGAGUUAUUCUACCAAUUGAUUUUGAGAUGGAACCCCAUACUAUCAAACAUGGUGGUAUCAGAAUCAUUAAACCCAAACGGGUAUUCGAUUCAAGAUAGGCGAACUCAAAGAGACACCAUCUUGAGAGGGAAUGUUGAGAUGUUGUUAAGUUCCACAUUGGAAGAACCAAAGGACUCGCAUCCUUAUGAGGUAGAUGAGUUACUCCUCUAAUUGCCAAUUGAUUUUGAGAUGGAACUUCAUACUAUAAAACAGAUAAUUAUUUAAGGCACAUUUGAGAGUUAAAGAGAGAGACAUAGAGAUUUAUAUAUAUAUAUAUAUAUAUAUAUAUUUUGGAAGGUAAAAUGUAUACUAUUUUAUUUUCACGAAA